GUUUAGAGACCCCGGGCUAGCCAAUCAGAGAGCGCGCUGCUUCUGUACACGGAACUGAUUGCGGAUUUGCUGAGCAGACACGCACAGGUAGCCAAUGGCACAUCAGAAUGGCCAGACUGAUCCCGGCCCUUCAGUGGACGUGAUGGCAGGUGUGCAGUUUCCUGCAGCUCCUCCACCCAUCUAUGUGUGCACUCUCACCCUGGAUCUGGAGGCCAAGGCACGAGAGGAGCUACAGGAAAAGCCUGAGUGGCGUCUCCGCGACGUCCAAGCUCUGCGAGACAUGAUCCUGAAGGAACAUUCCGGUCUGAGAACACGGCUGGACGACGCCUUUCUCUUACGUUUCCUCCGAGCCAGAAAGUUCGACUAUGAUCGUGCGCUGCAGCUGCUCCUUAACUACCACAGCAGCAGAAGGACCUGGCCUGAAGUCUUCCAGGACCUCAAGCCAUCGACUGUGAAGCACGUACUUGAACUAGGCUUCCUUACCGUCCUGCCCAGACCUGAUCCUCAAGGACGCUACAUUCUCUGCUUACGACCAGGGAAAUGGACACCGAAUGACUAUCCGUUCGUGGACAACAUCCGAGCCAUUUAUCUGACGCUAGAAAAGCUGAUUCAACCUGAGGAGACUCAAGUGAAUGGAAUAGUCAUUCUAGUGGACUAUACUGGAGUUGGCUUGUCUCAGGCCUCCAACCCAGGCCCUCUACUGGCAAAGAAAGUCGUGAGCAUACUCCAGGAUGGAUUUCCAAUCAGAAUAAAGGCAGUCAAUAUCAUAAAUGAGCCACGAAUCUUUAAGGGAAUCUUUGCAAUAAUUAAACCUUUUCUGAAGGAAAAGAUGGCUGAAAGGUUUGUCUUGCAUGGCUCAGACCUGUCGUCUCUGCACCGUGUCAUCCCGCGCUCUGUGCUGCCGCAGGAAUACGGAGGAGUGGACGGUAGACUGGACAGGACCGCUUGGACUCGCACGCUACUAGAAGCCGAGGAGGAAUUUGUCGUGGAGUUUUGUCAGCCGGAGCCUCUGGAAGGUGCGCUAAUGCACGACUCGAUGUUGUUUGAGGGCGAGCAGCCUGAGGACUCGUACAGAAGCCUGCGUUCGCAGCUCUACUACUGCUACUGAUGCUAAAGAUGUGUUAUUUUUAACAAUUUGGGUCAGAGAUCGGGUUUUAUUUUUCUUAAAUCAUUAUGCCAAAAAACGGAGAUGCCUGUGUGAAAUUCACAGAUUAAAAAGAAACAACUGUUGAGAUGCAGCAUUAUUGUUUAUAGAUCAUUAAUAAAUGACAGUUUAUGGGAAGCAUACUAGGGUGAGGAGAUUUUUUUUAAAUAGGUGAUGGUUCUGGACUGUAUCAAGAUAAGGUGUUGUGGAAUAUUUUAAAAGAAUAUGAUUUUAUUCUGUAAGAACAAAACCUAAAUGCAUAUAGGCUUUAUUUGCUCUUGCUUUGUGCUCACUUGUGCAAAAAUUGCACACAAUCAUGCAAACUGCUUCUUUUAACACUAAUGUUUAAUGUAACAAAGUAUUGCCUUAAUUUAAAUAGGAAACAAUUGAUGGAAGGACCAUGUGAUUGAAACCCAAAGCAAUACUGAUGUGCGUUCAUGUUUUGUUACCUCAUUUUUUUUUUUUUUUUUUUUUUUGCACUACACUGUUAUGUUUUAAUUUGAUGUAUAUUUUAUAUUAUACCAUUAUUUUUUAUAUGAUGUUUACUCAUGGUAUAUUAUGUCCAUGUGGUCAGUGUGUGCUGUUACUGCACAGAAAGUUUUCUCUUUGUCUUGAUUUAAAGCUGCAGGUCAGGUUUUCAAUGCAUUUCUGUUCAAUGUGUUACUGCUUUAGCCAUUCUGUUGUUACACUUUUUAUGGAUAUCUUGUGAUUUUAUUUUAUCGUGCGGAAUCAUUAAUCCAAAUCUCACAAUUCUCUGGGUGUUGUGGCUUGCACAGCAUUGUAAGGUUGUCAAUAUUAUGUGAAUAAUCCAGAUUCCAGUUGGUGAAAUAAAUCAUUGACUUAUUUGUGAA